ACGCACUGCUAAUGCUAGCAGGCAGUCAGACGUGACGGAGAAGCCUGCCUUCGCAUAGCUCAAUAGCUCUUUCAGUGCCUGCCCUGCUGUGUGUUCCUGUCCUUCGGCUCGUGGAGAGAGGUCGGCUUCGCGGUCAUGGCGAACCUUCAGACAGUCAAUGACAGGGAGGCGGAGGCUGCCAGGGCCAAUCUGAACGGAGGGGAUGACGGAACGAAAACCCUGAUCCGCCGGUCGCUGCAGGCCCGGGAAUUUGCCUACUGCCCCUACAGCAAGUUUCGUGUGGGGGCAGCUGUGCUGGCCCACGACGGGACCAUUUUUACAGGUUGUAAUGUGGAGAAUGCUUGCUACAACCUGGGCAUUUGUGCAGAGCGGAACGCCAUUUCAAAAGCUGUGUCAGAGGGAUACCAGAGCUUCAGGGCUAUUGCAAUUGCAAGUGACUUACAUGAGCAGUUCAUUUCCCCCUGUGGAGGCUGCCGACAGUUCAUGAGGGAGUUUGGUGACAGCUGGGAUGUGUUCCUGACGAAGCCGGACGGGUCCAGUGAAGAGAUGACCGUGGGAGCACUUCUGCCCAUGUCCUUUGGGCCUGAAGAUCUCACAAAGAAGAGAGUGCACGCUAUUCAUGAGUUUUAGUGUGUCAUCAGCACAAAGCAUGAUCCUGGAAUUUAAAACUGUCCGAAGUAACACCACUGUUAAGCAACGGCUUUGUUACCUAUUGAAUAGUUCAUGAAACAUUACCAGAUCUAACACUCUGGGGAAACGACUCCAGUGACAAUUUAUUAAAAAGAGGAUGUUUGAAAUUGUGCACAGCCAUGUAUUAUUUGAGAGCUUUUAUCUGUUCUGAGUAACAGUUUGUUGUGAUAAAACUGUAUGUAUUUAAAGUAUUUUGUUUUAUUUGUCUGUAUUAAAUGUGGAUGCCUUAUUUCACUAUUAAAUUAUUUUAAAAUAUA